CCCAGCCCAGCCCAGGCUAGUCCAGGCCCACCCCCCUCCAGCCUUGCGCCCCAGCCUCAGGGGCGAGACCGACAUCAGGCCAGCCUCAAGACCGGAGCAACAUGAGCCCAGCCUGGCCGAGCCUGGUCCAGGCCAGUUGGUCCGCCCUGCCGCCCUUCAAUCGCUGCCUGCCAACGGCCCUGCAGCAUGCCCUGCUUGCCCAUCUCAUGGUAUCUGGACAAGCGCGCGGACCUCCCCGGCUGCGGCUCACGGCAGAAAGGCAUUUCCGGGAUUUCCGAACCCGGGGGGGAAGGGGAAUGGUCUCGAAUCGGGAAGCCAAGGUGCAAGCAGCCACCACGGGGGAGGGAGGAGAAGCAGGAGAAGGAGGAGGAGAACUCACCAUUGACGACGACAACCACAAUUGAACGCUGGGCCCGUGCGCCGGGCCUUGGCAUCGUGCGAGGAAGAGGGCGGUGUGAAAGAUUAGGUACUUUGUAGAUAGCUUCCCGCUUAGAAUCUACGUAAUACGGCACGCCGCAUGUAAGGCCGGCCAUAACGGACAUGUCCCUCUCCCGCUUCGCAGGGUCUUCCGCCGGGAGGGGCGGGAAUGGAUGGGGACAUGUCCUUUGUGUGAUGCGG